AUGGGUGCUGUUGUGUCGAUUCCCUUAAUUCCUGUGCAGAUGGCAGGUAGCUGGAUAGCCUCCUGCUGUGGUGCUGCUGUCUUCUCGGCCUGCUGUGGCAGUUGCUGCUCUCUCAAACCCUUCAAGUCCAGCAUCAUAACCAGAAUCACCUACGCCAUUAUCCUUCUUCUAAACUGCACUCUAUCGUGGAUGAUGCUUUCCAAGUGGAUAGUCAAACAGUUAGAGAAGAUCACAUUGGGACUAGUUAAGUUUGAAAGCUCCUCCAGUUUUUUCCAUGUCCACAGAAUAAAUUUUGCCUUGGGCUUGCUUCAUUUCAUACUCGCCUUGCUAGUGAUAAAUGUCAAAUCAACUUCAAACCCCAGAUCUAUAAUCCAAAAUGGCAUCUGGCCAAUCAAACUAGUGACUUGGUGGGUGUUCAUAAUAGUUUCGUUUUUAAUUCCCAACAGUUUCUUUGAAUUUUAUGGAAACUACGUUUCAAUAAUCGGUUCCUCCAUCUUCAAUCUAAUUGGCUUGAUUCUACUAGUAGACUUUGCCCAUGAAUGGACAGAAGUCUGUAUUGAACAUGUAGAAAAUGACGAAGACUCGAGGUCUGUUGACCUUUGGAAAUACAUCCUUGUUGGCGGAACAUUACUAAUGUACAUUUCCACCAUCGUUUUAACAAUCUUGAUGUUCAUCUUCUUCACUGACAAAGGCUGCUCAAUGAACCAAACUGCAAUUUCUUUAAACUUGGUCCUAGCAUUUAUUGUCUCCUUCAUCUCUGUUAAUCCAACCAUACAAGAACACAAUCCAAACUCUGGCUUAGGUCAAGCUGGAAUGGUUUGCAUCUAUUGCACUUAUCUAGUGCUUUCAGCCUGUUCUUCAGAGCCCGACGAUAUGCUAUGCAACCCACUUAUCAGAUCUCGUGGCACAAGAACCAUGAGCAUUGUUAUUGGUGCUUUAUUCACGUUUGUUGCAAUUGCCUACACUACAACCAGAGCUGCUGCCAACUCUGUCUUUUCCCACAGCAAUUCCAACCACUAUUCCCAUGAGCUAUACGAUCCAAUCAUAUCCACCGAACCAACAUCAAGAAACCAAACCAGAAUCGAAGCCAUAAGACAAGCUGUUGCUGAGGGCUCGUUGCCUGAAAGUGCACUAGAUGAUCCAUCCUGGUUAAUCAACACUGACGACGAUGAUGAUAGUGAUCGAUACCACGAUGAAGAAAAAUCCUCAACUAAAUACAACUAUACCAUUUUCCAUAUAAUUUUCCUACUAGCGACACAAUGGAUCGCAACCUUGCUAACUAUGAACGUCCAGCAAGAUGAUCUAGGUGACUUUGUGCCCGUUGGAAGAACCUAUUUCUAUUCAAUGGUUAAAAUAUCCUGUGCUUUGAUCUCUUACCUUUUAUACACCUGGAGUUUAAUUGCUCCCGUUUUGAUGCCUGAUAGAUUUGGCGUUUCAAUUUAGAUUUAAAAUAAACAAGAAAUAACACAGUCAUCAUAAUAGCCAUGCAGAAAUCUAAUCUCAAUAGCUGCAAAUUUUAUGUUAUCUUUACUUUAAUUUCAAUUUUAAUUUUAAUUUUAAUCUAAUCUCACUUGUCCUUUUAUAGUAUCUUUAUUUUGCUUUAUUGCUCUUCUAAUCACAUUAAUCUUACCUUUUUGCCUUCCUACACGUUUGUUUAGUACUCUGGGUUGCUUUAUGCUUUUUGGAAACAUCGAUAGAGCGACUUUGAGUGCCUUCACAAACAGCGAAGGUCAACUAAUGCCAUUCAUACCCAACAUUUAAUAAUAUCUGAAUAGUUUGGCUUCUCAUGUUAAAAUUUACAAACUUAAUUUGUGCUAAUCUGCUUUAUUCUAUUUUGUUUUCGUUUUACACUGGUCGAAUUUGUCUCAAAGUUCAAGGUUUAAAAUUCGUUUGACCAAUUUCGAACGAUGUUUCAUUUCAAGUUUAAGGCUGGU